UAUCGCCCAUCCCUACAACAGCCCCUGUCCACUAGGGGGCUGCAGCGGUAUGUUUGCUUGCGAUGCACCAAAGAAGAAGAGCAUGCGCGGAAACACCACCAUGCAACGCACAAAUGUUUCCCACCUCUUGUGUUAAUGUUCAUCACAACAUACUGAUACUUUGCGGGCUGAGCUGAAUCCUUCCUACAAAAAAUGGCAUUCCGACAACGGUGGCCCUCAUUACGAGAGCAAUACGAGCAGCACAUCUCCGAGAUGGACACAAGGGAGGUCACUUUGCAUCGAGUGGUCAACAUUGUUGAAAGGAGGAAUCCCCACCCAGAGGCGGUAGCCUAUGACCGAGCUUUUGACGAUCCGUGGUACAACGACGUUCCAAAUUAUCUGGACAGUCCAAAUUAUCAAGAAGGCCCUAAUUUUCAUGGUGAAGACCGCUGCGUGGAAGAUGACUACCCGCCAAGCCGAUACUACGACGACAACCCCAACUAUGGCAAUGUCCCUAGCGAGUCACCACCCCACCAUCAGGAGCCACCCUAUCAGCGUCCACGUUAUGGCAGAGAUGAUUUGAGGCAUCAGUUGCGCUCAAGGCAAAAUGUCCGACCCGGUCCUUAUUACAAUACCAGAGGUCGGGGCCACUCUCAAAAUCAAAAGGAUCGUAAUCACCACAGGCACUCCAAGAACGAGUCUGAGCGUUUUUCCGGAAAGAAGAAAGGCCCACCACCUGCCAAAAAGACCAGCUCCUCUGAGUCGGACAAAGGCUCUGCCCAACCUCCAAAGAAUAAAACCCUGACUGUAACAGUGCCCACUCCAAGCAGCCCCGUGGAGGAAUCUCCUCAAACGUCUUCAUUAUCAAUGGAACAACCCUCUGACUCCGGCGCAGACGUGGAGGAGAAGGUGGUGGUGGUAGAGGUGGCUCCUCCCAGCGCAGAGGCCAAGACGACUCAAGAUGAAGUCGUAAUGGCCCGACGAUCGGAAGCCAUUAAAGCCAAGGCACUGGAUAUUAAGAAGCAUUUUAAACAGGACUGUGAAACUUUUAUCACGGUGGUAAAGAUGCUGGUGUCCAAGGAGCCCACUUUGGAGACACUUCUUCAGGAAGCGCUCCAUGCGAACUUGUCGGAGAUGAAUGAGCACUGCCUCACUGCCCUCAGGCGCUACAUCAAAGAACUCGAUGAGGCGUUAGAGUUGCCGGCCACCUCGACCUGAUAUGGACCAAAUGGUCCAAAUUUGAGGAAAUACACAAAACAUUCCUCCAGGGACACAAACUCUGUUUUUAACUGCUUUGUUUUAAUCAUGCUGUCAUUUUGAAAUGUUUUUAAUAUGUCAUCUGCACUUUUGCCCACCAAAAUACUCAAUACUACAUUCAACUAGUGUUAUUUGUGAAGUCUAUAUAUCACUGAGUGAAUUCCAUUUCCUUUUUUAUUGGUGUAGGUUUUACCGAGACCACAUUAAGGACAGAUAAUACGUUCUACAAAAACAAAGUUGCACUGUGUUUGGUUUUAAAACUGGCAUAGAAAUGAAGAUGUCUUCUUAAAAUGGCGGAUGAUUUAUAAAGAGUCUUAAAAGUAGACUCCAACUUGCUUUUAAAAUCUUUGUUUGGACACAGAAAUCUUGCAAUACUUUGAAAAUGUCAACAGGGUUUGGUCAACCAACCCUUAUGUCCUAAAAAUGUGUGUCAGAUCAUCCAAACAAUACCUUGUAACAGUAUUUUGGGACCAACAAACACGGUUACUAUGUGUUUAUAUCUCUGUGAUAGAGAGAGUGCUAUUUUAGCGCAUAAGUGUUUGAUGGAUUUAAAUGACAAACUACGCAAUGCUUAUUGUGACGAUUUUAAAAUAAAGAUUUGCCUUGA